GUUAAGCUGGAAGAUCAACUCACAAAGAGGCAAAUCCUACCAAAAUUGCGAGACACCUCAGAGGUGAGGAUGACUUCCACAGCAGGUCGCCUGGCCCAUCAGCAGCAGAGGAAGCGUGGAGUUGGUACCAAGCAGUAUGCUGUGAAGUUCCACCAACAAGACUAUGAGACUCUACAUCAGCAGUGUGUGGAGAGAGGACGUCUCUUUGAGGACAACCGCUUUCCGGCUGAGUGCAAGUCACUAGGCUACAAUGAACUGGGUCCAUACUCAUCUAAGACCAGAGGAGUAGUUUGGAAGAGACCAAUGGAGCUAUGUUCUAACCCUAUGUUCAUUAAUGAUGGAGCCACAAGGACGGACAUUUGCCAAGGAUCUUUGGGUGACUGUUGGCUUCUGGCUGCUAUCGCUUCGCUGACCCUAGAUCAGCGGAUUCUGGCACGUGUGGUGCCACCUGGACAGAGUUUCACUGAGGGAUACGCAGGGAUAUUUCACUUCCAGUUCUGGCAGUUUGGCGAGUGGGUGGAUGUGGUGGUGGAUGACCGUUUGCCCACCCGAGACGGGAAGCUGCUGUUUGUUCAAUCAGCCGAGGGCUCAGAGUUUUGGAGUGCACUGCUGGAAAAGGCCUAUGCCAAAGCAUGUGGCUGCUACGAGGCCCUGUCAGGUGGAAACACAAUCGAGGGCUUCGAGGAUUUCACCGGGGGGAUUGCCGAAAUCUACAGUUUGGACAAGCCUCCCUCUCAGCUCUUCCAAAUCAUACGGCGGGCGCUGAAGCUGGGCUCUCUGCUGGGCUGCUCUAUCGAUGUAAUUUGUUUCAUUUGGAUUUGCCAAUUGAUAUGUAAUCAACACACUGGUACUGUAUAUAUAAGAAUUUUCAACUGCUUUCAGAUCACCAAUGCCUAUGAGAAAGAGGCUACUACAAAUCUCCAACUUGUUAAAGGACACGCAUAUUCAGUGACUGGUGCAGAAGAGGUUCACUUUCGAGGCACAUUGGUUCCACUGGUUCGCAUCAGGAACCCAUGGGGGAAGGUGGAGUGGGCCGGGCCUUGGAGUGAUGGAUCCAGCGAAUGGAAAUAUGUCAAUGGACAAGAUAAGUCCAAACUGAACCAUGUCGCUGAGGAUGGAGAGUUCUGGAUGUCCUACUUGGACUUCAUCAGACAGUUCAGCAUGUUGGAGAUCUGCAACUUGACGCCCGAUACGCUCAAGAGCGACAACAUUGGACACUGGAACCACUACCAGUUUGAGGGGAUGUGGCGGGUCGGAUCAACUGCAGGCGGCUGCCGCAAUAACCCUGCGACCUUCUCAUCCAACCCUCAGUUUGUGGUGCGUCUGGAAGAUGUGGACGAUGAUUCUCUGGAUGGGGAGGAUGUAUGCACCUUUCUAGUGGGACUGAUGCAAAAGGAUGGACGCAGGCAACGGAGUCUCUAUCGAGAUCUUCAGACAAUUGGCUUUGCUAUCUAUGAAGUCCCAGACGAGUACAAAGGUCGUAGAAAUGCUCACCUGGGCCCAGAUAUCCUGCUGCGUCAGAGAGCUGUGGCCAUGAGCAGGACCUUCAUCAAUACCAGAGAAGUUUGUGAUCGCUUCAGACUUCCUCCAGGGGAAUAUGCCAUUGUUCCUUCAACCUUCUAUCCUCACAAAAAUGCCAGCUUUGUUCUCAGAGUGUUCGCUGAGAAACAAGCUUCCAUCAGUCAAUUGGAAGAGGACAUUGGUGCUGACAUAGAGGAGCAGGAGGAGUUAUCAGAAAGUGAUAUGGAUCCUCAUUUCAAGUAUCUCUUCAAGCAGAUUGCCGGCAGAGACACAGAGGUUUCAGUCUAUGAAUUGGUCAAAAUUCUGAACAAUGUGGUUUCACACAGGACUGAUAUCAAGACAGAUGGCUUUAGCCUUGAGACAGGCCAUCUUAUUAUCAGUCUACUGGAUAAGGAUGAAAGCUCCAUGUUGGGACUGAUGGAAUUCCACAAACUAUGGAGCAAAAUUCAGAAAUACUUGGAGAUCUUUAGAAAACAUGACCAAGACAACUCUGGCACCAUGAGCUCCCACGAGAUGAGAGGUGCUGCCACUGAAGCAGGUUUUCACCUCAACAGUGCUGUGCUGCAGGCCAUUGUCAGUCGCUACGCCGAUGCUCACUAUGCAAUCGACUUUGACAGCUUUGUAGGUUGUCUCAUUAAAGUGGAACUGCUCUUCAAAAUGUUUAAGGUUCUGGACCGAGCAGAUUCUGGGAAAAUUGAGCUGGAUAUGCAGCAGUGGCUGUGCCUGGCAAUCAACUAGCUGGGGAGACCACAAGCAAGGAACGUGUGUUGUUAUUCUUGUUACUUUUACUGUACUUUGGGAACCCAAAGGAAUAAGACAAUUUUGCAAUUUAAUUAUGCUUGGGAUGUUAGAUUAUUGUAUUGCAUAACUCAACAUAAACAAUAUGGAAAAUACAGUAAAAAUGAUUCCACUGGGACUAUCAAUACAUUUUUGAGAUCAGAGAAAUAAAGAUUGUGAACACUUGUAUGGGAAAGAUAUGAUUGUUUGUUUGCUGUUUGGUAAUGCAGUCAACAAUACACAUUACUCGCCACUAAUUCUACUGGUCAUGUUACUGUGACUGCUGAAACAAAGUAAACGUGAGUUGACACAAAUCAAUGGGCCUCAUUUAAUAAUAAAUGUGUAGAAAUGU